GUCAUGUGUGUGUAUUUUUACAGACCCACACACAUAAUGUAUAUAUCAACUUGUUUUGACUUGGUUUUAUAAUUUUAUUUUUGGCAGUGCUGUAACUCUAGCUAUAUUUAAAUUUCAUGAUUAUGGCAUAUCAUAAUCUUGCAUAUUCGGAAGUGAGCUUUACCAUUGUACAAAUCUAAUGCAAACACACUUUUAUCACUUGCUUUUUUACAGUACAUACACUUACACCACCUCACUGUAAUUAUACUGUGUUUUGUGUAUUUCAUAUAAUAUGAGAUUGAGACCAAAACUAGAAUUUAGUUUAAAAAAUUAAAAUCAUAUCUCUGCAGGGUUGUAGUUGCCGGGCUGCUGACACUGUCGGUUGCAUGUGAUGUGACGCAGUGCUCAGGCUUUCUUCCUGAAUCCUUUGUAAUUCUGCACCAUUCAGUGAACUGCAGGGUGUAGUACUUCAUCUUUAAGGCGAACAUGUCUCAGGUGAGGCAGGUGGGGCUGCUGGCUGCCGGAUGUCAGCCGUGGAGCAGAGAUGUGUGUGCUGCCGGUGGCGACAGGUUUGCAUACUGCGCUACCCUGGCCAUCUAUGUUUAUCAGUUGGAUCACCGUUACAAUGAAUUCAAACUUCACUCAAUUAUGUCUGAACAUAAAAAAACAAUCACAGCUAUCUCUUGGUGUCCACACAACCCUGAUCUGUUUGCAAGUGGCAGUACCGAUAAUUUAGUGAUCAUUUGGAAUGUUGCUGAACAAAAAGUCGUUGCUAAACUCGACAACACAAAAGGGACUCCUGCCUCCCUUAGCUGGUGCUGGAACGCAGACGAUGCUGUGGCAUUUGCCUCCGACAGAGGCCCGCUCUUCAUCUGGACCAUCUCGGGACCAGACAGUGGGGUGACCGUACACAGAGACGCUCACAGUUUCCUGUCUGAUAUCUGUAUAUUCCGAUGGCACACCCGGAAAAAGGGCAAAGUUGUCUUUGGCCAUAUUGAUGGAAGUCUAUCAAUUUUUCAACCAGGUAACAAAAGCCAUAAACAUGUUCUGAGACCUGAAUCUCUUGAAGGGACAGAGGAGGAGGACCCGGUGACCGCCCUGGAGUGGGACCCGCUGUCCACUGAGUAUCUCCUUGUGGCCAAUCUGCAUUAUGGGAUUCGCCUCGUCGAUUCGGAAUCCCUUUGCUGCAUAACAACAUUUAAUUUUCCCAGUGCGGCAGCUUCAGUGCAAUGCUUGGCCUGGGUCCCCAGUGCUCCUGGGAUGUUCAUAACUGGAGAUUCUCAAGUGGGUGUUUUGCGCAUUUGGAAUGUUUCAAGAACAACACCUGUUGAUAAUUUUAAAUUAAAGAAAACGGGAUUUCACUGCCUACAUGUACUUAAUUCUCCUCCAAGGAAAAAAUUUUCAAUCCAGUCCCCUACCAAAAAUCAUUAUACAUCCUCAACGAGUGAAGCAGUCCCACCCCCAACCCUGACCCAGAAUCAAGCGUUUUCUCUUCCCCCUGGUCAUGCAGUAUGCUGUUUCUUGGAUGGUGGAGUUGGACUUUAUAACAUGGGAGCCAAGAAAUGGGAUUUUCUUAGGGACCUGGGUCACGUGGAAACCAUCUUUGACUGCAAAUUCAAACCUGAUGAUCCCAAUCUUUUAGCCACAGCUUCGUUUGAUGGCACCAUAAAAGUCUGGGAUAUCAACACACUGACGGCCGUGCACACUUCCCCUGGUAAUGAAGGGGUCAUUUAUUCCCUCUCAUGGGCUCCAGGUGAUUUAAAUUGUAUUGCUGGAGCAACUUCCCGAAAUGGUGCUUUUAUUUGGGAUAUUAAAAAGGGCAAAAUGGCACAACGAUUUAAUGAGCAUGGAAAAAGUGGAAUAUUCUGCAUUGCCUGGAGUCAUAAAGAUUCCAAAAGAAUAGCAACCUGCAGUGGCGAUGGCUACUGUAUUAUUCGAACAGUGGAUGGUAAAGUCCUGCACAAAUACAGACAUCCAGCUGCAGUGUUUGGUUGUGAUUGGAGCCAGAACAACAAAGACAUGAUAGCCACUGGCUGUGAAGACAGAAAUGUUCGCGUCUAUUACGUGGCCACCAGCUCCGACCAGCCGCUGAAAGUGUUCAGUGGGCAUACGGAGAAAGUGUUCCACGUUAAGUGGUCUCCUCUGAGGGAGGGAAUCCUCUGCAGUGGUUCUGAUGAUGGUUCUGUUCGAGUCUGGGAUUAUACUCAAGAUGCUUGCGUAAAUAUUCUUAGUGGGCACACCGCGCCGGUGAGGGGGUUAAUGUGGAAUACUGAGGUUCCGUAUCUACUUGUCUCCGGCAGCUGGGACUACACUAUAAAAGUAUGGGACACUCGAGAAGGAACUUGUGUGGAUACUGUGUACGAUCAUGGUGCAGAUGUAUAUGGUCUGACCUGCCAUCCAAGCCGCCCCUUCACUAUGGCCUCUUGCUCCCGUGACUCCACAGUGAGACUCUGGUCAUUAACACCUUUAAUCACGCCCUUACAAAUAAACAUUCUGGCAGACAGAUCUUGGGAAGAAAUUAUCGGGAACACUGGUAUUGAAACUCUGCCUGUGUUAGAGUUUAUUUCUAAGCACUGUCUCAUAAGCACUCUUUUCUCACUGAGUGAUGCCUGUUCUCCAGAUAGCGCCAUAGAACCAGGCACCCCUCCUCUGCUGUGCGGUAAAGUAUCAAGAGAUAUCAAACAGGAAAUAGAGAAACAAACUGGCAACCCUCGCGUGAAGAAACUGAGAUGGUUUUCAGAAUGUUUAUCACCUCCAGGUGGCAGUGACAAUUUAUGGAAUUUAGUUGCUGUGGUAAAAGGGCAGGAUGAAAGCUUGCUUCCUCAGAACUACCGUAAGGGAAUAAUGCAUUUGAAGCAUCUGAUUAAGUUCAGAAUGUCUGAAGCCCAAGAACUAACCACAGUCAAGAUGUCUAAAUUUGGUGGUGGUAUUGGUGUCCCGACUAAAGAGGAGAGACUGAAGGAAGCUGCUGAAAUACACUUGAGAUUGGGACAGAUCCAGAGAUACUGUGAACUGAUGGUUGAACUUGGAGAGUGGGACAAAGCCCUCUCAGUUGCACCAGGGGUCUCUGUGAAAUACUGGAAGAAGCUGAUGCAGAGGAGAGCGGAUCAGUUAAUCCAGGAAGAUAAGGAUGAUGUCAUUCCAUACUGCAUAGCCAUUGGUGAUGUGAAAAAAUUAGUCAAUUUUUUAAUGUCAAGAGGUCAGCUUAAAGAAGCCCUGCUUGUUGCACAGGCUGCUUGUGAGGGAAACCUGCAAACCCUGCACGUCUCUACACCUAAAGGAUCUUGGUGUUCCGAUGACACCUGCAAGGAAGACUUCAAUGAACUCCUGCAGGAAGCCUGCAAAGAGCUGGCAGACUGGUAUUUCCAGGAGGGCCGAGCAGUCCUGGCCGCGUGUUGCCACCUCGCUGUAGAUAAUAUUGAGCUGGCGAUGGCGUACCUGAUCCGUGGGAAUGAACUGGAGCUGGCCAUCUCUGUGGGCACAGUCCUGGGAGAGCCUGCAGCCCCGGCCACCCAUUAUGCCCUGGAGUUACUGGCAAGAAAAUGCAUGAUGAUUCCAACGUGCUUUCCAUCUGUUGGAUACAGGAACUUGGCAGCCGAUCUCCUCCUCAUGACUCCUGACAAUGAACUGCAGUUAGUCAAGCUCUGUGCUUUCUGCCCCGGCUGUGCUGAAGAGCUGAACGAUCUUCAUGAGAAGUGCAAGCUGCCCACAGUGGAGGAAUGUAUGCGGUUAGCUGAGACAGCCCAGGCCGAUGGCAAUACGUUUGAAAGUGUAAAGUAUUACUUGUUAAGUCAAGAACCUGAAAAAGCCCUUCCUAUUGGUAUUGACUUCGUCAAAGAACACAUCGGUAGUUCAGACUGGAGUUUGGAUACCGUUUACCCCGUUCUCGACCUACUGAGUUAUAUUCGUACUGAGAAGUUAAUGUUGCAUACGUGUACCGAAGCUCGAAAUGAGUUGCUCAUUUUAUGUGGGUACGUUGGUGCAUUACUGGCUAUCGUAAGACAGUACCGAAGCAUCGUCCCAGCACUCUAUGAAUACACGAGCCAACUAUUAAAACGUCGGAAAGUGUCGGUGCCUUUAAAAAUUGAACACCUUUCUGAGGAGUUGGAUGCGUGGAGAGCUUGCACACAGUCCAUCAACCAAUCAUCAGAAGAAUCUCCAUGUACACCCCCUUCUGAGUCACAAAGAACGGUUUAUGCAACUUUACUGAAGAGGCUAAAAGAAGAACCACUCAGAGGACCUGUUGGACCAGAUUAUGUGACUGGAUCAAAUCUUCCCAGUCAUUCCGAUACUCACCUCUCCUGCCUCACGGGAUCGAAAAUCCAGGGCCCUGUAUUUUUUCUUGAAGAUGGGAAAUCCACCAUCUCCUUGAAUGAUGCUUUGAUGUGGGCGAAGGUGAACCCAUUCUCGCCUCUGGGGACUGGAAUACGACUCAACCCAUUUUGAUAGAAGGUUUUUCUCCACAAUUAAUUUUUUUUUUUAAAGAACUUUAUGGAUUAAGAAGCCCUACAUUGUUCUUUAAAUACUUCAAAGAUACCGAGUUUAGGUUAUACGUAGGUCCCAACGCCAGUGGUCCUGCCCUUUCCCACCCCCAGCCAGGUCGCAUUAGCCACAAGGGGAAGAGACGAGCGCUUGAACCAGCAGAGCCCCCUGCAGCCUCCUCCCAGCGCCUGUCUGCCCAUCACCACCGUCUCCCGCGUCCCAGCCAACUGCCAGGCUCCAGCCCCCGCCCUGCGGAACUGUCACUGCACACAUCCCUGAUGGAGGAAGCUGGAGGCAGGUGGAAGGGGAGGAUGAAGGAGAGGAGACUCCCGAACCUGAAGGUGAAACUGUGGACACUUUUUUUCCCCACAGAAACACUGUAACUCACUCCUGUGAGAUUCUGUCCUGCUGAGUACCAUGCCGCGGACACGUGGUGAGUUAAAGGGGUGUUUUGAAGCACUGGCCUAAUGUCUGAAUGCUAAAGUGUGCUCCGAGGAACAGCUGUCCUACCAAGGCACUGGCGAAACGAAACUACAUGAUAGUGACGUGUGAUCAAAUGGAGUCUGGAAAAUGCUUCACUCUGUACCUCUCUUCGUUAAUAUUUAUAAUGCAUAUUAGCAUAUUAAAGGUUCUGAGAAGUCAUAUAUUUAAAAAAGGAAUCUGUUGACAUUGCUUCCCAAGACCUUACGUAAGCAAAGGCCUUUGUUCCCCCCAAGAAAUCCGCCUUUACACUUUCGGAAACAUGCUCUGUAGGUGCACAAAUCGUUCCCAUCAAGGGCCUGAGAGGAAAUAUUUUAGGCUUUGAGGAGGGAUAUCAGACCAAAUAUGGGACACUCGAACUUGAAUUUCAGAGGAAAAAAAUGAAGAAUGUUUAGUAAAAGUGUAUGUCCUCAACAUGUCUUCAAAAUGAUUGGUUGGAUUAGCCUGUAUUUUCUUUCGCUCAGUCUGGAAACCUCCGCCGUGGGCCAGAAAGUCUCUGUGGCAGCUGCCAGGUCCUGCUGUCGUAGCUCAGACGCCACCGCGGACAAGGCACAGAAGGGACAGGCAGGGCUGCGUCCCGACACACUGUGCUUAUCAACAUAGGAAUUUGAAGUUCCUUUAAUUUUCAUGUGUCAGGAAAUACCAUUUUCCUUUUGAUGUGGGCUUUCAACAAUUUGAAAAUGUAAAAAACCAUUCUUAACUUGCAGGCUAUACAAAAACAGGCAGAGACUGACUUUGGCCCUUGUUUUGGCUACAGUUUGCUGUGGUAUAAAUGCUUUCUGAAUUACCAGGAUUUAAACACAUGGCUUCCUGCAGCGCAAGUGGCUGGGAAGUCUGGGUGUUCUGCCUUAGGACUGACUCCUCAUGCAGCUGCGUGAGCUCUGGCAGAGGAUCUCCCCUGUUUCAGACUCACCUUUUUAUGGAGAAAU